AUGGCGUCUCCUGCACCUAAUCUUUCUCGAGAGAGGAUUCUUCAUGCUCUUCGAACGCUCAUUGAAUACGAUCAUAGAGUGCAGAUGGUCCACCGCUCAACUGAUUUUCGCUGGCUUUACCAACCGAAUAUUGCAGAUCUUGGCCUACUAGCCGCCGAAAUGACUCAUAAGCAAGCCAACGACUGUUUCAACAAGGCCACACCUAUAUACAUCUUUUCAGCAAGGCGCUCAUUCUACACGUCCUUACUCUUGAAAUUGCUUCACAAUUUCUUGUACACAAAAUGGUAUCGACCAUAUCGAAACGAGGUUGAAUACAGGCGAUUUUUGGCGAAAACGUUCCUUCCACAGCUCUUGCCCAGCGAUCUACAGCCUGGUCCAUUGGUCGAUUUUGCUACCAAAGUGCAUGACACUAUUUGCAAGAGAGUACAAGUUGCUCAAGACGCAGUCAAAAGACUAGACCCAGAUAAUCUUGAAGAGCCUUUAGAUUCGAAUCUUCCGGUUAAAUGGUGGGAUUGUGAGGGUCUAGAUAAGCCUGGGAUUAUACAGAGCCAGAAAGGUUUUAUAUUACAGCCUUUAUUCCAAGCAGUCAUCAUUUCUAUAAGGCUUGAAGCAUUCAAUAAAGAUACUGAAUUGAGCGAACUUCCAGUUCUCCUUAUUCGUACUGGAGUGGAAGAAGGGCUCAGUGCUCCCGUCUCAUUUGAUCCAAUCGCUCACAAGAUCAAAGGUUUCAUCCAUAGCUCUGGCGGAAAGACAGCAGCGCAAAUGACGCUUGAAACGGCGGUAGAAUUUGUCAUUAGUUUGGAAAAUCGAGAAAUUGCAGCAUUUGGAUACCAGCCAAGUUCAGCAGUGUCUACCCAAGAGCUUCAUGAUGCUGGUAGUAUAGGUGAUUUAGAUAUCAUGUACGAAGCUCGGAGGCUGGGAUGGGGCGAUGAGGCAUUGGUUGGGCCAAGCUCUCAAUGGGUGGCGGAUCCGGAAGAAUCUAUUACUUGGGAAUCUGAAUGUCCCUGGGUUGAUAGGCACUAUUUCCCUUGUUCUUCCUACAUGCUCGCAAGAGCUAUUGAGUUCGAUAAUAGAUACCCUGAGGGGCCGCGAGGAAUGCCUUGGAGAGGUGGAAAGCAUUUUUAA